AUGGAUAGUGCGAUAGGCCUGUGUUUAGUUGUUUUAGGUGGUUUGCUUGGUUGCAAUUGGUAUAGAUCGCGAUUUAGUGCUUCUAGUAAAUGUACAGGUAAAAAGCACCCGAGAUAUGUUUUGAUUAUUGAUCGUAAUGGUACUGUAAGUGAACAGGAGAUUGAAAGAUUAAGAGAGAAGUAUAAAGUUGAAAAGAUGGAGUUGUAUAAGGAACGAGAUUUUGUCACUGAUCAUAAUGGGUUUAUAGAACAAAUAAGAAGAUUUGUAGGUGAUGUAGAUCUAGAGAAUAAGAUAAGUAGUGUAGAUCUAGAGAAUAAGAUAAGUGAUGGGUUGGGUGGUGAUGGAUUGGGUGAGAAAGAGAAAAAGGAAGAGAAAGAUAAAGAUAAGGAAGGGAUGGAUUCGGAUAAGGGUGACUUUGCUGAGAAGAUAGUUGAAUAUGAUCAGAUUGAAGCAUUUAUUGCGGCUAAUCCUUUACUGUUUCCGGAUUUGGUGUUACUGUGCUCGGGGGUGAGUACUUAUCGAGUGAGUGCACCUUACUUGUUGUAUAAGGCGGAGAUGUGGCAGUCGCGUUGGGGAUUUUCGGAACGGACUUUAGGAUGGGCGUUAUGGCAUUAUAAGCGAUGUUCUAUCCGUAAUGGGCGGUAG